AUGGGCUGGCGCUUGGUGACCACUGUCAGCAACUGGAUCCCAUGUUUGUGCAGUGGUGCUCCAUGCCUGGUGUGCUCAUGUUGUCCAACUGGGCGAACUUCCAUAGUAACACGAUUGGUGUACACAACUAUUUUAUUGCUUGGUACAACUGUUGCUGGUAUUAUGCUUGUGCCUGCUGUAGAAGCUCAGUUGAGGAAGAUUCCAGGAUUCUGCGAGAUUGGAUACAAUGCACAGCUCCCUGAGGUUAACCCUGUGAUCUGCAGAGUCUUAGUUGGUUACAAGUCUGUGUAUCGUAUCUGCUUUGGAAUGGCCACUUUCUUUCUGCUGUUAGCUCUGCUUAUGAUCAAUGUGAGAAAUAGCAAAGAUCCCAGGGCUCUAGUACACAAUGGUUUCUGGUUAUUCAAGUUUGGAGCACUUGUAGCAAUAAUGGUCGGUGCAUUUUAUAUUCCUGAGGGACACUUCAGUCGAGUGUCAUUUGGAAUUGGUUCAGCUGGUGCUUUUUGUUUUAUCCUUACUGAACUGGUAUUGCUGGUUGACUUUGGUAAUUCCUGGAAUAAAUCCUGGCUGAAAAGAUCAGAAGAAGGCGGAUCACGAUGUUGGUACUUUGCACUUCUAUCAGUUACAUGUCUGAAUUAUGUGUUGUCAUUAACCACUGCAAUCCUCUGCUAUGUGUUUUACACCACAGUUGAUGGCUGUAUUGAAAAUAAAUUUGUUAUUAGCUUCAACAUACUUAUUUGUGUUGUAGCUUCUUUAAUAUCAGUUCAUCCAAAGAUCCAGGAAUUUCAGCUUUGCACUGGCCUUCAAUCCUCCAUCAUCACUCUGUAUAUUAUGUACCUUACCUGGUCAGCAAUGACAAAUGAGCCAAAUGACGAGUGUAAUCCCAAUAUGAUGAGCUUUUUUGAAAGGACAUUUCCCAGCACUGAUUUUGACAACAAUACUGUAAACACGAUCAAUGCUUCAGAUGCAGGGUUGCAGUGGGAUAGCCAGUGCAUUGCUGGCUUGGCAUUAUUCCUUAUCUGCAUCUUAUAUUUGAGCAUUAGGAAAUCCAGCUGCACACAGAGGCAUAGCCACUCCACCAAUAACCCAGAGACUGGAUCUUUGGAAAGCAUAUCAAUACAGGAAGGCUGUGAAGAAGUGCAUCGCUUUCAGGACAAUGAAAAGGAAGGGGUUCAUUACAGUUACUCUUUUUUCCACUUUAUACUUUUUCUGGCCUCCAUGUACGUUAUGAUGACACUAACUAACUGGCACAGGUCCAGAAGAGCACUAAAAUACAAUCCACUAAGGGUCUUGUGCAUCAUCGUAGCUUACUGCGUGUUGCACAACCUGGUGCUACAACCAGGAGAGGACCUGGCUGAUGAGGAAAUGAAAGAGUUGCAGGUCUCCUCCAAUGAGGAGGAGGUCAUAGGGGCUGAUGAUAAGUUCUAUGUGACUGCAAUAGUUCUCUCAAGUCACUUUGAUCCUUAUCUAGAAGGCAUACUGCCAGCUCUGGCACGUGCCCGCCAACCAAAACAAUCACGCAACUGCGCUUUGAUGUCGGCAUGUUCGGCCGACGUCAACAUGCUUCAUUUCAUGUUCCAGCAGAUCGGGGGUGCACCCGCCGCCGAGCAAAAAUUUCUGCCCAUAGCUCUUAGGCUGUGA